GGACUAUAGCGAGUACCAAUGAUUUGCGAGGGGUGGGACGCAAACCGCGUUGCGGAGGACGGUAUCGUCGGGGCCUAAGGGAUACUAGCGACUGGCUGGAGAGAAAGAAGAAGUAGAUAUACAGGCGGCAGUGAGGAUGGUUUGCGGUGGCUUCACUUGUUCCAAGAAUGCGCUAAUUGCUUUAAAUGUGGUGUACAUACUUGUCGGACUGUUACUUAUCGGAGUAGCAGCGUGGGGCAAAAGUUACGGCAUUGUUUCCAGUAUAAACGUCAUUGGUGGAGUCAUUGCUGUGGGGGUCUUCCUUCUUCUCAUUGCUGUUGUCGGACUUAUCGGAGCAGUCAAUCACCAUCAAGUCAUGCUGUUCUUUUACAUGGUUAUUUUAUUCCUGGUCUUUUUAAUUCAGUUUGGAGUCUCCUGUUCAUGUCUGGCUCUUAACCGAAGUCAACAGGAACAUCUGCUAAAGUUGACCUGGAACAGAAUGUCAAAUGCAACCAGACAAGAUCUAGAACACCAACUGAAUUGCUGUGGAUUUAUGAAUGAUACAGAGAAUACUGCCACCUAUUUGACUGAUCAUUUAUUGUGUAAAGAAGACUGCAAACCAACUGGUUGUAAAACUUGUGGGAAUGUCAUGCUGACACAUUCUGGUCAGGCUCUAAGGAUUCUGGGUGGAGUGGGGCUUUUCUUCAGCUUCACUGAGAUCCUUGGAGUUUGGCUAGCUAUGCGUUUUAGGAAUCAGAAAGACCCUCGAGCAAACCCUAGUGCCUUUUUGUAGAACUUUCACCUUUCUCUGCACUGUCAUGACCGUUGUAUUCUCUAGCUGCUAGUCAAAAAAUCUUUCCCCAGGGAUUAUUUUCAUCAAAGCUCAUACAUAUGGAAGACAGAAGAGGAUUGUCUGCUUACCUUCACUAAUGCAUGAUGGGAUGGAGCAAGCUAGCCAGACUCUCUGAAUUAUCAUGAUGCCACAGCUGAUGAGAUUCAAUGACAUCUGGGUUGUACUAACUGAAUGCUUCAUCCUUGAUGUGAAGUCCCUGGUUGUGUGACUAUGUUUGAGUGUAAGAACCAGAACUUGAAAAAUGUGCAAACUGUUGAAAUAAUUUUUAAAAAUUUAGUCCAGAACAUGCUGUUUGUUUAUGAUGUAGUUAGAUAUGUCGGGGUAAUAAUGCAUCAUUACAGCUACUAUUAAUGUUCAUCCAAAUUUUAGACUUGUUAAUGGGGGGGGAUGCAAAUUGAGGACAGGAGAGAAACUCCCUUUUAAAUAAAUGUUUUAAUUGAUCACGCCUUUUUAACGUACAGUAAUUUUACAAGGAACCCUUGUCACACAUUAUCAGAGUUCAAACUUGACAGUUUUAAUUUGCAAUACAGGAUUGAGUUGGAGGAGUUGUACUGAUUUCAAAUUUUCAAUGAACGUCCAGCUUCAGUACUGCUGCAACUUUGGUAGUGAACAUAUUUGCUGAGGUCCUGCUUGUAGUUACACAAGUCCCAUGUCUUAGCUUCUGCUUUGGUGUGCAGCCAAAGUUUCCAUUUUACUCGUGCAUUCUAGUUAAUGGCGAGGGGCGUGAUUGACAGUCUGGUAGUUGCACUGUUCUUCCAACUUCCUGUGGGACAGCUGUAGAUUUGUAGCUCCACCCUAUCUGGCAAUUGUAAUUCAACAGAAUGUCUUUGAAGUAAAGGGAGGGAGAGACAAUAUAUGUGAAGAGUUAACUCUUUUUUUUUUUGCCUAAGACCUGGUUCAAACUACCUGUCAUAAAGACUCAAGUCCAUAUUACAAUUGUCUGGCUUUGGUGUUUAAAAUAGUUAUGCCAAUACCACUGUAAUGUGAUGUACCAUUAUACUUCCAGCCUUCUGUUGUUCUUCCUAAUUGUUUAAGGGAGCAGUCUAAAGUUGUAUUAGAGCCAUGUCUGAUUUUGUAUAUCCUGGAUUACAGUGCUGAAAGUCGAGGCCACACUGCUGCUUUUCCUAUAGUGUAGACCUAUGUUCCGUACCAAAUUAGAAUUCAAGGGGAUGGAGGACUGUCUUUUCUCGUGCUAUGAACAAAAUGCAGCAUCAGUAUUAUAAAGAUUCUACAUUGUACUUUAACUGAGCUAAUGUGACCAUCUAAUCCCAAAUCCUGGUUGGGAAAUGUCUGCUGCCUUCACUUUUUAAAUGAUGUGCCAUCAAUCUGUGUGGACAGUAUCGACACUCAACUAGAGAAAUGCAAUUGCCAAACUUAACAUUCUAAAUCCCUUCAAUUAACAUAGGUAAGCUUUAAUUCUAUUAUUUUUAAACUAAAAAUCUAGAGACCUUGGUGAAUGUUUUCAAUUUUCCUUUUCACUGAGGCAACUAAAGUGACUACAAGGUGGAUUCUCACAAGGAUCUAAGGUUUGAAAUAAUGUGGUGAUGAUGAUGAUGAUGAUGAUGGAUAUGCAGUAUACAUUGGUACAUGCUGUUUAGAAAUUACCUAAUUGGCCUCUUACCAAGUUAUUUAACAUUCUUUGUUUAAUUUUAUGGAAGAAAAUGUUUAGUUAUGAAUUUAGUAAUCAUUACAGUAAUGUAACUGAACUAGUAAUCCUGAAGCUUGGGCUAAUAAUCGCACCAUGGUAGUCGUAGAGAAUCUGAAUUUCUUUUUCACUUUAAAAGACCUCCAGUAAAAGUGAACGUGGAGGUAUCAGACUGAAUUUUUUAAAAAAUGGUUCACUGAUAUCAUAAGGAUGGAAACCUACGUUCCUUGAUCAGGCCUCUAAUUCUUUAAUCUUGGCUGUGGCUAAGCUAGACACUUGGUGCUACAUGCAGCAGUUUAAGAAGGCAGGCCACCAUUACCCAAUGCACCUGGAGGUGGGCAAUAAAUCACUUAAAUUUUUAAAAAUUAAGCCAAACUUGCAAUAAUUAUUUAAUCCUUCAUUUAGGAUGUUGUGUACCAAUUGCAUGAAAUGUUCUGUAUCUUCAUGGGUAUUCUGUACUGUUUUAGUCAUGAAAUUAUACAUUAAAUUCUUCGAACAGUUCACUGUCGUCAGAAUAUUUUCUGAUACUAAGAGUUUCAUCCUCUGACUAUUCAUUAUACAUUGCUAAGUUAAUAUAUGUAUUUUUAAGAUUGAAAUGUUUCUAGCCAAAAGUGAAACUAAGGAAAGAGGUGUUAGCUUGAGACUCAAAUGUACACUAACAUGGGACCCAAGAAUACACCUGCCCCAUUCAUAGAGCUGGACUGUUUCUUUCUUUAGUGGUUUUCCAUUUUUACGUUGAGUUUUAGCAAUGUGUUUGUGAUUCAGGCAAAUUUUGCUCCUGGCUCUUUGUCUUGCCCAAUAUCAUGAUUUUACAGUUCUGUGUACUGACUUUAAUUGAAUGCACUCAGUAUCUAUGGCAGGGGCAUAUAGCCAUGGAGAGAAUCCAUAAAGGGCAUGAAAGAGAUGAAGUUUUAAUUCAAUAAAAAGUAGCCUAAUGGUGACCAUGUAACUACUGUUGACUGUUGUAAAAACCCAUCUAGUUCACUAUUGUUGUUUUUGGGGAAGAAAAUCUGCCAUCUGUACUGGGCUUGGCUGACGUGUGACUCCAGACCCACAGCAAUGUGACUGACUCUUAACUGCCAUCUGGGCAAUAAAUGUUGGACUAACCAAUUACAUGUGCAUCACAAGAAAGAAUUAUUUUUAAAAAAAAAAAAAAAAAAAAUCAGGGGAUCAUUUAUGUCGGCA